UCACAGAGGGGGUAGCCCGACUCCUCUCCUCUCUCCUCCAUUCUGUCUCAGAGGUGGAUGCCAUGCAAUCGGAUUUUCUUCAUUAAUCGGCUAUUUUCAUUCACAUGGCCAUCGCGUAGGGGGUGUUUUAAGGGUACGAGAUCCCUCUUGGUGGCGACAUUACAGCAGACGGAGAGAGCCUUCGGUCAGCUUCAUCAGCUACUGUAAGGGACAUCAAGAUUGAGCCAGUCAGCACCAUGGACCUUUAGGAGCAGUAAUGGCUACUUGCUGUAAUUCUCGCUCUGAUUGGAUAGACUUGUAGCAUGCGUUCCCUACGUAAGACUUUGCUGUUAGCUCUGGUAGCAUCAGUGGUGCUGGUUUUGGCAGUGCUACAUUCUUGGCCCACUCGGGUCUACAGCACUGUGGAUGUCCGGUACAGACCAGGUCCUGGAGCUGAGCGGAUGCUGGAGGAGAGACUUCCCGAACUAGAUCCCAGCACUAGCACCAUCCCUUACCGAGUGAGGGAGAGUGUGGCCAGGCUUUUGGCUCGCAAUGGCUGUGUUUGUGAAGGAGACAGCAGAGGGGUCAACCUGCCAUUUGCUCAGCUCUUGUUCCCCAGAGUGUCUGCCCAUCCGCUGCACACUGCCUUCCAGGCCUCCCAGCUCCAUGAGAUGAAGAAACGGCGUGCCAAAGAGUAUCAGAGCUUUCAGAUGAGGUCACAGACCCCUUCUGAUCUGCUGAUUGUAGCUGAAGCUAACAAUCCUCUGCAGUAUCCAACCCAGGGUGUGGAGGUUCGGCCACUUAAAACUAUCCUUAUACCAGGUUUGGCCUUAAAAGAGCUGCCCCAAGAUGAAUAUACUCUGAACUUUUCAGCAUCUCUUGGUACAUUUAAUGUGGCAGCAGAGGUGGAGGGGGUAAAGGUCAAGGGUGAUGGCGAGAUGCACAUGACCCUGAGCAGCAGCCUUUUGUCCAGUCUGAAUCGACAGCUCCAGUUUAUCACAUAUACUAACACUUUGUUCCACCCCAGCACAGCUGACACAGUGCAGUUAGAUACAGAAGGACAUCAAGCUCUGUUUACCAUCAAGAUCCGUCAUGGAGUUACACCCAAACUCUACAACACAGGCUCUGAUGGAGAUCAAGAGUAUAACAUCAGUGCUCUUGUGACCAUAGCAACUAAAACCUUCCUGCGCUAUGACAAGCUCCAAGAUUUAAUUGACAGCAUACGCCAGUACUAUCCAACAGUUACAAUAGUGAUAGCAGAUGACAGUGAGCACCCGAAAACAGUAUCAGGCCCAUAUAUUGAACAUUACAUCAUGCCCUUCGGAAAGGGCUGGUUUGCUGGUCGUAAUCUGGCCGUGUCACAGGUCACCACCAAAUAUGUGCUAUGGGUGGAUGAUGACUUUAUUUUUACUACCAACACAAAGCUGGAGAAGCUGGUGGAUGUGCUGGAGAAAACCACACUUGACCUGGUUGGAGGAGCAGUGCGUGAAGCUACAGGUUACACUGCCACCUACAGGCAGACUAUCUCAAUUGAAGCUGGAGAGGAAGAUGGGGACUGUCUGCACAUGCGGAGAGGCUUCCAUCACAUCAUCCAAGGCUUUCCUCACUGUGUUGUCACUGAUGGAGUCAUCAAUUUCUUUCUUGCCAGGACAGAUAAAGUGCAGCAGGUGGGCUUUGACCCCCGGCUAGCCCGUGUUGCGCAUUUGGAGUUUUUUAUAGAUGGACUCGGCUCCCUGCAUGUUGGGUCAUGUGAUGAUGUCAUUGUGAACCAUGCCACAAAAAUCAAGCUGCCAUGGGGACAGUCGGAAAGCGACAAAACUUACGCAAAGUUCCGCUACCCUCCUGCUUCAUCUGAUGCGACACACACCAAAAAUGGCCUCCUGUACUUCAAAAACCGCUUCCAGUGUCUAACACACAACUGAACACACCCUGACUAUGCCUUCUUCUCUUUCUCUCAUCCCCCCUUAAUUGAAUACUCUCUCCCCGAGUAGCUAAAGGAACCUCUGAAGACACUGGAAGUGUGCUGUGUAUGUACUGUACUGUAUUUGGUCCAAUGUGAGUAUGGGGGAGUUCAAAUAAGUCUGUUCUUUUGGAAACUCUCAUAGUGUGAUCACACAUGACUGACGGAUGAGAUGCACAGUCAUGGCUGGUUAAGAUUUUUUUUGAUACCUGAAGAUGUCGUAUUUUUGUGUCUCCUUUCUUUAGCUUUAUUUUUGCUCACAAGAAUUCUUUAGAUGCUGAUCAAACCAUUCUGUAAAUUAUGCACAGCCUUCUUUUUCUCCUUAGCCAAUUGUGUUUCAGUAUCACAUUUAAAGGGAUAAUAAGGAAAAAUAAGUAUUCUGUCAUCAUCUGCUCGUGGAUGUUGUUUAAAAUGCAUAUAACCCAGCGAGCUGCAUAGAAAAAAGGUAUUUUGGAGGGUGUCACAGACAGAGUUUUCCUUUUUGUUUGUAGUGGUAACAGCAUUCAAAAUGUACUGGAAAUAAAACAAUCCAAUUAUGCUUAUUUAUAUAAACACAGACUGGAAAACUUUACAGUACUUACAGUAAAAAUUACAGUAUUGCAAUCUGAUUAGAGACUUCCAAGCGCAUUCACGACAUGAAAGUAAGUCAAUUUUGACAGAAUUUUCAUUUUUGAGAGAACUAGUCCCUCAAUUGAUGAGAAAACAAGGUUUCUUUUGAAACUGAAGAACAAAGAGAAGACAGCCGAGGGAAACAUUUUGAACAAUGACUUUUAGAAUUUUUUUAAUUCCAGUUAAAGGGAGACCAUUUCUUUGGAACAUUGAUCGUGUGUUCUUAUGUAUGUCUGUGUGAGGGUCAUCUCUCUGUACGUUUGCACUAAACCAAAUGGACUUCAAUUGGAGAGACUCGACCCUCAGCAUCACUAAAAAGAAGGAAUGGACUGAACAUCAUUAGCAAGCUAAAACCACAGACUAUCCAACCUGUCUCUUUCAUUAUCUCUCUCUCCCUCUCACAUACACACUCUGAAAGAUAUAUCAGCAAAAGAUAGAUGGGUGAUUCAUUGUACAUCAGUAAAAUCUGAAUUUUAUUAUUAUUAUUUAUUAUUAAGAGUGACUGUGCCAAAGGCUUAAUUACUGUCCUUGUAUGACUUGAUUUUUGUUUGUACUUUUUUUACUUCCUUUAUUCUGGGAUCUUUUUAAGAUUGUAUCCUAAAGUACUGAAGCAUGAAAAUAGCAGCCAGAAUGCCACCUUUUAUAAAUUUAGUUUGCAAUCCCAUCAUAAGCAUAUAUUCCAAAGUUGCUUACUGUAAUGCUUUUAUUUGUUUGUUUGUUUGAGCGGGAUUUCAUCCAAUGCCAGAUUUGUUGGGGAAAUUGUCAAGUCAGUUGCUUUUGCCUUGCAGAAUGGCUGAGACAACUAACUUUACUAAAAUAAAAAAGCAGAAUUAAUAAACUUAAAUGGCACAGAUGUGCAAAUAUAAAUAAAUGAAUAAAAUGGUAAUUCAAAUGUAAGGCUAUAUCUACAUUAGCAGUCAAAAUAUGGACACACCUGAUUCUUUAUUCAUUCUUAUUUUCCACAUACAUUUUGUCAUGAAAAUGUUGAACCUAAAAAAAAAUCAUAAUUAAACGUUAUACUCUAGCUUUUUUUAAGUAGCCAAAUUCUGCUCAAUGAUCCAUUUUUUUUAAACUAGGUUUUUAAAAGACAUUCAUGAACAGACACUAUGUAUAUUUCUUACCCAAAAUUAACCUUUAAGAUCAAAUGGUCAUUAUAAAUGUGUCCAAACCUUAAUUUGUACUCUAUAUUUGAUAGAAAUAAAUAAUUGUUUAAAAAAAAUUACCUGUAUGCAGUCACCUACUGUAGAGUAAAAGCAUGUACGAAGCUAAUGUAAUAGCUGUCUAAUUCAAUAUAUAACAUCCUUGUGCAUAAUUUUUAUUACAUUUGUUUGCAUAUUGUUUGUUUUAUGUGUGUGUGUGUGUGUUUGUGUGUGUGUGUGUGCGUGUGUGUGUGGGAGAGAGAUAAGUGUUUUUUAAAAUACAUCAAGUGUGCUUUUCAUUGUCGCUCAUGAACAGCAUGAGGCCCUAAUGACUGUUAUCUGCAUUAUAUAUUGAACAACAGAUUCUUUAAAUAAUGUUCAACAUUAUGGCCUUGUCAAAGAUUAUACCUGUGUGUGUGAGUGUGGGGUAGUUUUCCCCAUCCUGUCUAAAAACAGUGCCAAACAGGAGACUUUCUAGAAAGCCUUAAAAGAGGUUAAGGAAGUGAAAGAACAGAGUAAAAAAAAAGAUACAUAAUGAAUUUUAUAUAAUACAUAAUUCAGUACAUAAUGGAUUUUAAUGAGCACACAGGCUGAAUAUAACAAGCAAUGGUGUAAAAUUGAAUUGAAAACUAAAUCUUGUGCUCUUGCUUUGUAUCUUGAAUGUGAUGCUCCUCAAAACAAAACAAAAAAAAAAGGUUAAAAAAUCCUUUUAAAUGGCUCUUUAUCACACUCUACCAGUCAUUAUACUUGUUUCAGUCCUGAAAAAAACAACUGAAGGAUUUAGUCCUGCAAUACUUAGUAUAGAGCUGCUAAGAUUCUGUUUGAAGAAUGCUUCCAGUUAUCUGCCCUGCAUAUUCGCAAGGUCAGAAGGAGCAUGUAAAAGCAUUGGUGUAAGGCUGAUUCUUACGAUUAGUUUCAGAUGAGCUUAAGAUGAUAGGAGCUUAAACAGAUAUGGGAAUCUGAAUAUCAGAUUUUUUGGCUGUGUAUUAAAUGGAGAGUUUGAAUUUUUUAUGAUAUUUAAAGGAUUUUUCUCAAAAACCUCCCUGCUUCCUCCUCACUUCACUGAUCAUGAUUCUGUCUCUUCAUCUCUGGAUUCUCACUGAGUCUGCAUGACUUCUAAUUUCUGUUGGGGUUUUGUAUCUCUACAGGAAGGUAGCUAAUUUUCUGUCUCCCAAAAACUAUGGCUGCCUAUUGAUCAUAUUUUAAAAGAACAAAAUGUAGUUUGCAAAUGUCCCUUAAAUAUAAAGCUGGAAAUUUUAGUUUUCUUUUUUUGUAAAUGUAAGAAAAAAAUAAUUUGUUGUCGAAUGGAAUGAGAUAAAGGCUUUGGUGAUAACA